AUGGGCGGGCCUGAGUGUGAGGAGCUUUUAGACAACUACUUUUCCGAGGAUCCGAACACGUUGAACCUCGGACUUAUGAUCCAAGAAAAGGUUCCGCAGGGUACAGGCAGGACGCAGCUAACUCAAUGGAACGACUAUCCUCCCCAGGGUGUUCCUUAUCAAGGCGGAGGCAAGCCGAUCAGCAUUUUCGGAUACACCACCCCUAGCGGGACAGACCCCUUCAACACGUGCUAUUCGGUCCAAGAACGCGGAUUUUUAGAGUUCCCCGGCGCCGGCACCUACACCUUCAACAUCAUCAACGAGCAAGAUGAUAAUUUGUAUGUCUGGAUUGGCAACAACGCCGUCUCUGGAAGCUUCUAUCCCGGCAACAGCCAGCUUCGCAAAUUAUUCGAGUCCGAUUACAACAAGGUGACGACCUACUCAAUCACUGUAUCGGAAACAGAGAAAUACCUUCCGAUUCGUCUCUACUACGCCAAUCGCCUCGGACCAGGCUACUUCAACCUAGCAAUCUCAGGACCCACGGGCUCCCAGCCCUCGCUUGUCCAGUGUUCCGGAACCCAAGUCGCGCCGGAUUAUCUGGCCUGGGAGGAUGAGCGAGUCGGCGGGUCGUAA